GUUUCAGGCACAGCAUAGCAAUUAGUAGUGUCCACUCUCAAUAUAAAAACCCUCUAACCGAGACCCUGCAAGGGAAGAAGGAAAAACUGCGGUUGUCUGGUCCCAGCUGAUCUGCUCUGCUGCUCUACCGUGCGGUCUCAUUGGAAAAUGGCGUCUCUACUUCAGCGUUCUUUUCCUCGUACACCUUCUCCACUUUCCACAGGUAUAUAUGCCACUUCUCCAGGCUCAUUUUUUUUUCUUUUUUUUUGGUGAAGAAACCCAAUGCUGGGUAUAUUGUUUGUGCGUUGUACGCAUAAUUUGUGUCUUUUUGGCAGGAGAAAGAAUCCGGAGAGGCCAUACUGGGGCUAAUUACAAAACUAAUAACCCAUGGAAUUCCAUUUACCAGUUUUCUCGGCCGCACACUGUCAUAGGCACAGUGUUCAGCAUCAUCUCUGUUUCUCUUCUUGCGGUAGAGAAGAUGUCCGAUUUAAAUCCCUUGUUCUUCACUACAUUAUUGCAGGCGGUUAUUGCUGCCCUCCUGAUGAAUACAUAUGUCGUUGGUUUGAAUCAAUUGACCGACAUUGACAUAGACAAGGUCAAUAAGCCCUAUCUUCCAUUGGCAUCGGGAGAAUACUCUGUUGGAACUGGUGCCAUGAUCGUUACAUCUUCUUUGAUUAUGAGCUUUUGGCUCGGAUGGGUUGUUGGUUCAUGGCCCUUGUUCGUGGCCCUUUUCGUUCAUUUUGUGCUCGGCACAGCUUAUUCAAUCAAUUUUCCACUACUGAGAUGGAAAAGAUCUCCAGUUGCCGCUGCAAUGUGCAUUCUAAUUGUUCGGGCCCUGAGCAACCCAACAGCAUAUUUCCUGAACAUGCAGAUUCACGUGUACGAGAGACCAGUUGUCUUUCCGCGCUCGUUGAUAUUGGCCACUGCAGUCAUGACCUUCUUCUCUAUUGUUAUCGCAUUAUUUAAGGAUAUCCCCGACAUUGAUGGAGAUAAAUUAUUCGGAAUCCAGUCUUUCACUGUACGUAUGGGGCAAAAGCGGGUGUUUUGGAUAUGCAUAUCACUCCUCGAAAUGGCUUAUGUUGUUGCCAUUCUUGUAGGGUCAAUAUCUCCCGGUCUUUGGAACAAAGUUAUCACGGUUUUGGGUCAUGCUGUAUUGGCCACCACACUGUGGGCACGGGCCAAGUCUCUAGAUCUCAAGAGCAAGGCCGCAAUAACUUCCUUCUACAUGUUUAUUUGGAAGUUAUUUUAUGCAGAGUACUUGUUGAUACCGUUUGUCAGGUGAGUAAGAAGGAUCAGAACAUUCAUUCUAGAACCAUGUCAAAUUCAGAAAUGUGGUCCAAAGAAAGCGCGUGCGUGUGUGUAUGGAGAACACAUGUUUCAUGUUUUUUCUUAACUAUCUUUCUUUUGCUGAAAUGUGGUCCAAAGAAAGCGCGUGCGUGUGUGUAUGGAGAACACAUGUUUCAUCUUUUUUCUUAACUUUCUUUCUUUUGCUGAUGACAUAUUUCAUCUCGUUGAAGAUGCACGGUACAAUUUUCUAUUGUGAAAUUUCAGUCAAGGGAAGUUUAAAUUGAACUUACGGUGAAAUAGUUAUCCUGAAGAUGCGAACAAACUAUCUUGCUUUGCAAAUCGAAUCCUCUCCUUGAACCGAAAUCAAGCUUUAAUGCAUCAAUCCAGCCCUUGAAAAACACCGUAAAUUCUAUGAUUGGUAUUAUUUGUUAGUUGCUUCUAAUUGAUGUACAGUAUAUUCCUACUGAAGUGCCGAUUUAUACUUUUACCUGCUUAUCAAAGAAU